UUCUAGAAGCGACGUGUCAAGUAAAUGUCAAAGGUUUUCAAAGCGUGUAAUGAUUAUAUCCAUUUUUUUUAAAUGUGAUUCCUGUGUCAAUCGUAAUAAAGUGAUUCUUCAUAUGAUAUUGAAAAAAUAGAAACACAAAUGAUAUGAUGGGAUUGGUACAUGGUAAAGGAAAUAAAGAAAUUUCGGAGGAGCGUGUACCAUAUGACGAAAACGAUGACAAUGGCCUAAUUUUAAAUAACCAUUACAUCCCGGAAGAAGUACUCGCUAAUAUUCUUCGCUACGUUCACUACAAGACUUUGGCGAAAUGCAUGCUAGUAUGCAAACGCUGGAAUGAGUUGAUUCAAAGUUACGUUUGGCGUAAAAAGAGCAAAGCGAUCCUAGGUCAGUUGUUACCAGCGGAUGAGAAAAUACACUGGAGUCUAUAUUACAUUAUCUGCAAAGACAACAGUCCUUUUGGAAGAAAUUUGAUUAAAAAUCAUUCCGGAAGUGAGGGUCUGAAGAAACAUUGGAAGAUUUUAAGAAAUGACGGUGACAAGUGGGCAGUCGAAGAACCGCCCUUAGGUGUUCCACCUUUGCCGGAAACCGAGCCAUUGUUCGCAGAAAGACAAACUUGUUUCGUAACUUCAUAUGUUAAUUGUUGUAAAAUGCAAACUGUGGAUCUUCUUGCCGAAGGAUUGACUUCACAAAUUUUAGACAAUCUUCAACCGCCCAUAGUGCCCGAGUCGAGAACACCUGCAACAAAGGGACAACGCGACCCAGAUAUGUUGACCUGGCGAUCUCAGCCUGCAGAGCCAUAUUCAGCACCAUCCACCCCCUGUGGGUACCCAUACAGGGUGCCAACAGAAGCAAGAGAUACUUUAGGUUCGGGGAACGAGAGGCCGAAUUGUGGACCAAAGAAUGAAAUAGCUCGAGGUAAUUCGGAGGUUUGUAAGGAAACGAGCAUUCAGCUGAAAGCUGAAAACCACCCAGUAAUUUUUAAGCUUGCUUUAGCGUUUUAG